UUGUGUGUAUGUCACGUAUAGUAGCCUAUCAUAUGCGUGACGAUCGGUGUAAUAUUGUUAUUUCUAAUUCUAACUUAAUUGUAGGCAACAAUUACUCCUUACAUUUAUCAACUACUACUGACAGCGAUGUCUUUGUACCCAUUUUAGCGUUAUACAGCUCUAUUAAAUUUCAGCCAUUGAACAUGCUUCUCUGCCCAAAUAUGAGGGGGAAAACGAUUUCCUGAUAUUCAGGAUAUUGUGUUCCCACUGCUAAAACAGACAAGCAGCAACUCUGGACCCAGAUACUGAUAAAACUUUUUUUUUUUUUGCAAAGAAGCAUGUGAGGUGGCAGAAAGUCAUUCAGAUACACAAUUAAAUGUACAUAAACUCGUACCAUCAGUACAUCGAUCGUCAGGCAUAAUACAGGUUAAGUCCUACAAGCAGUAUUACCCCUUUCUGUAUUUUCCCGGGAAUCAUCUAUUACCAGUGAUUUAAAUCAUUUAAUUAUCUUUGAAACAUGGAAAAGACACGUGAUGUUUUCGCAUUUAUGGCUUAUAUUAAAACAUGGGAGGAGCACUCCGCUGGCCAAUCAAAUUUCAGCUGGAGCCACUUCUCCUGUGGCUCCGCCCCUGUGUAUGUCAGUGUUUCUGGAAUCAUAACAGUCCAGAUAAACUACAUGCAAAUUUGAUUUUUAGGGUACGUUGGACGUACCCUAAAAUUAAUCCUUUAGACUAGACGAGUGCAUUUCGAAGGGUGUGUUUACGUUGGUAGCUCAAACUGCUUGAAGCGAAAAGCCCACAUUUCUAAUGGUCUCUCAAGAAGAGGUUAUCGUGGUUGUAACCGGGUUUGGUCCUUUUAGUCAAUACCUGGUAAAUCUCAGCUGGCAGGCAGCUCAGGGUUUGGAAACUCUGGGUUUAGGAGACGAUGUCAUCGUCUGUGCCAAGGAACUGCCGGUGCAUUACAGCAAAGCCCAGGAGCUCAUAGCCCAGAUAUGGAAAACCAUUAAGCCAAAGUUGGCUGUCCACAUGGGAAUUGCCCCAGGGUCCCAAGCUGUAAUCCUAGAACAGUGUGGAAAGAAUCAAGGUUAUAAACAGAGAGAUGUAUGUGGUGUCUGUCCCCCUGGCCACUGCUGUGUGGAAGGCGGCCAGGACAUACUCCACUCCAUCAUAGACAUGAAAACCCUCAGCAGGCACUUUCAGAGUUUGGGUUUGGAUGUUAUUUACUCCAGGGAUGCUGGGAGGUUUCUGUGUGACUUUGUGUAUUACUACUCACUGCACCUUGCAGGGGGGAAAUCCGUCUUUCUCCAUCUGCCCACAAGGGGAGCCCUAGCUGACUUGGACAACUUGCUGCCUCUGCUGCAAGCUGUCAUUCUGGCUAUGCUGGGCCAGCUGGAAGCCCAAUGAAUGGGGACAUGUGACUGACUCAUGUUCACAUGAUGUUCACACACAGACCAAGGCAAUUGCCCAUAGCUCAUGGCUGUUUGCGUGUUGCGACAAGCUUACAUUUCAUCCUGCCAUCCUGGAGGUAAUGCCCGUCUAUAACAGGGCACAUAUAUACACACAUGCAGUCAUGCUCUAUGAGUUAUUUACAGACAUACAUUAGCUUCAUUGGGAGGAAACCACAAGACCCAGAGGAAAACCACCCAACAUGGAAUUAAAUGUUACAGUUCUAAAUGUAGGUCUAUAGAUCUAGAUCAGAAUCAGGAUUUGAACCUCCAACCCUGGAGGACUGAGCUACAGUGCCACCCAUUCUUUGCAUCAUUUAGUUUAAUAUCCAGUAAGAAAAAAUAAUCAUUCUUUAGAAUUCUUACUAUCACAGCAGCAUCUUGUUCAGCAGCUAUAUGCUACAACUUCAACAAAAAAGUUACCUGUCUGUCUUAAAUAUUGAACAAGUCCAAAAUGUAAAGGGGCCCUAUUAGGUUCAUUUUCACUGUUCAAAAUUUUAUUUUGGAGGUCUGGUAUAAUAGAUUUACAUGCUUCAGUGUUCCAAAAACACAUUAUUUUUCUCAUACUGUACAUCUCUAUUCACUCUGCCUAUAACUGUCUGAAAGCCUCUCUUAGAGUUUUAAGCCCCACCCCUGAUGAUCCCAGUGUGCCCUGAUUGGUCAGUCAGCCCUGCACCUUCUGCCCCUGUUUUGCAGUCUGCUGACAGAUCCUUGCAGCUAGGCAGCCAAUAAGAAUUGUAAAAAGGUUAGCUGGACCAUUAUUUCACAAUAUAUUAAUGAUAAUAAUUAGUUUGCCAUAAAAAUCAAUACAUAUUUACAUUCUGAUUGUUCUUUUAAACUGUAAAAUCUUAACAUUAGCCCAUUAAAUUGACCUUCUCGCUUA